CAGCGAGAUCCGCAGCCCCAAGUCUGCGGAGACCUUCGGAGGCACCGCCAAGCAAGGGGAAGCGGCAUCUUCCAUCUUCAGAGCCUCCCCGGUGCGGCCUCGCCCGGGAGCCACGAGCCGGCUGGCAGGCACCCUCCUGGCUUCACUCUGCGCGAGUCCCUGGGAUCCCCAAGGGCAGGACCCCGGGCAGCCUCGGCCGGUGGACAGAUCAGGCCGCGCGCCUCUCCCUCUCGCAGAGCCUCGGGGAAGGAAGGGACUGUGGCAUCCUGGCUCGCCCCGCGGAGUCCCGAGGCAGCGCGGGGGCGCGCCAGCGGGCUUACUGCUGCCUCCGGGAGCUGGGCAAGAUGCUGUUCGGGGUGACGGACAUCGCGCUGCUGGAGCACGGCUGCCAGGCCCUGGAGGUGGACAGCGCCCGGUCCCUGAUGAUCCUGGGCAUCCCCGAGGACUGCGGCCACGAGGAAUUCGAGGAGAUCAUCCGGGCCCCGCUGAAACCGCUGGGCGAGUUCGAGGUGGCGGGGAAGGCCUUCGUGGAGGAGGAGCGCUCCAAGGCGGCCAUCAUCAGGCUGCUGGGGGACGUCACCCCCGCCGCCAUCCCCCGGGAGAUCCAGGGCAAGGGCGGCGCCUGGAGGGUGGUCUACAUGCCCCGCCAGGAGGAUAUCGAGUUCCUGACCAAGCUGAACCUCUUCCUGCACAGCGAGGGCCGGACGGUGGAGGACGUGGCCCGGGUCCUGAGGCAGGAGCUGUGCCCGACGCCGACGCCGACGCGCCCCAGGGAGCCGCCGGCCAGGAAGCUCUGUGCGCCCGGGUCCCCGGAGAAGCCGAAACCGGGGCCGGGGGCCUCCGCGGCGCUGGCCCGGGCUCCGCCUCUGGACUCCGCCGAGGACAGCAAGGCUGCAGAAGGCAAGAAGGGCAAGCGGAAGCCGAAGAAAAACCGCCGGCGGCGCCAUGCCUCGGACAAGAAGCUGUGAGGUGGGGUGGGGUGGGCGAGGGGCAGCGAGGGAGUGUGGGUGUCAGCUGAGUGGGUGUGGGUGGCCACUGAGGGAAGGUGGGUACCACCUGAGUGAGUUGGGGGAUGCGAGUGAGUGUGGGUCCUGUGGGUGAGGUGGGUCACUCUGGCGAGGGGGUAACUGAGUAAGAAUGGUAUCAUCCGAGUGGGCCUGGUUACAUCUGACUGUGCCUGAGGGUGGGCGUUUGCAUCUGAGUUAACGUGUGGGUUCCAGCUGCGGGAGGGUGGGGCAUGCAUUCAUUCCAUCAUUCAUUCAUUCCAUCAUUCAUUCAU